AUGGGUAACGUGGUCGAUUGCUGUGCCGUCUCAAGUGACAAGAAGGAAACCGUGAGCACGGUGGGACCUCAAAAACGCAGCAAUGACAAAGAAGAGACCAUCGUGCCUCCCACAGCGGCCGAGCUCAAGGCUUUUCGAGAUCGACUGGAAAACUCGAUACACAUGACAGUCGUUAUAGCCGUAAGCCUUACACGGAAACAAGGUCGACUCAAAGCUGAGGUCAACCCGUAUCUGAUAUAUUGCGACCCACUUAUGUUCAGGACGGAAAACGGAUACCUUGUCGUUUGCGAUGGCAGCCUUCUGACAGUUGCUUGGUGA